UCAAAACACAGUUGUGACGUCUAGUUGACCAAAUCAAAGCCAAAUACACGUGUACGUUUUUUACGUAUGUGCUCCUGUCAUAAGGUUGUCCUAUAGGUCUACAUUGUUAUUCACCAUUUAAUCACAAUAAAGCAUUACGAUGACCGAGAGUGAUGAUAGUGAUAUUGAUUUUCAAAGUGCCGAUGAAGGUGAAGAAGAAACAGAAAUUUUAGAACUUAAACAACCAGAUACAAUCGACCAUGAAGAAACAAAACCAAACCAAUCAACAGAUAAAACUGAUGCAAAUACUGAGGAAGGAAUUAGAAAUGUAGAUGAAAGUAAUAAUGAUGUAGAAGAUGGGGAAUCAGAAAAUAAGGAUAAAAUAGGAAAAAAUGUUGAGUUACGGGACGAUUUAACAACGGAUGAACAAGAAACCUCAAAUAAUGAAGUAAAACCUGAAGAAAGUAUUGAGGAAGCACCCCUUUCUGCAGAAAUUGAACAAACUUGUAUACAAGAAGAAAGUGUAACUGUAAAUAACAGUGAACAAUCUGCUGAAUUAUCUGUUGCUCCUAGUGAUCAGAUAAUAGGUAGACAGGUGGAUUCACAGGUGGAUUUGUCUGUUAAUUCACAGGUGGCUGUAAAUCCUGCUGGAGGCGAUUCUGAAAGGUCAAAUCUUCAAAGCCCACUAGAUAGAUUGUCAGAGAAGAGUUCGAAAACCUCUGGUGGUUGGGGAUGGGGAAGCUGGGGUAAAUCAAUGUUCUCAUCAGCUACAUCAACAGUAUCGGGACUUGGACAUGGGUUAUCCUCGGCAAUUCAAUCCGUUGAGUCGUCACUAGGAGUUCCACAACCCAAAGAAAUUGCCCUUGAAGAGAAAACUGAUGUUGAAUCUGAUGUAAACGGUGGAAAUGAAAACACUACAAAUGAGGAAAAAGAAAAGGAGGAAAUUAGCACAGUAGAAGAAAAGAACAUUGAAGAAAAUGGCGAAGAAGGAGACGUUGGAGCUGAUAAAAAUUUUGCUGAGGAACCAAACUCUGGCUAUGGCAUCUUCUCCUUUGGUGCUUCUGCUAUCACUGGCAUGGUCUCAGGUGGACUAGGAGCACUAGAGAUGAUAGGUAAAAAGACAAUGGAUGUGAUCCAAGAUGGAGAUCCUGGACUACGAAAGAAGAGAGAAUAUUUUACUAAAAGCAACCUACCUAGUUUAUCACAGACAUUGAAAGAAGCUGCCGAGGCUGCAGAAAAGACGGCAUUGAAAGAGGAGGAAGAAGACGAGAAGAACAGAGCACACUACGGCAUACUCUUUGAUAAAUACCAAGGUCUUUCUCAUCUUGAGGCCCUGGAAAUUUUGUCCAAUCAGAGUGAAGGUAAAGUGCAUUCUGUCAUGGCAACUGUUACUGGGGAUCAGCUUGAAAAACUCAAGACCCAAAUGAUUGAAAUAAAAGAUGCAUUUCAACUGCAAGACAUGGACGUGGAAGAGGAGGAGUAUGAGACUGCUACAUUUGUAGACACAAUCACAGAACACUUGUUUAUUCUGAGUGUUGCUGCAACACCAGACAAAUUAAAACGGGUUCAAAGAGAAGCACAUGAGUGGUUAGCUAAAUGCAAACAAGAGUUAGAAACCCUGAAACAAGAAAAAGAAAUAGGAAUAAAUCUUAGCAAGGAUGCAAAUAAGGAGGAAGAUAUAACAAUAGUACGUGAUGUAGCAGACAACAAGAAUAUUCAAGGUAAUACAGCAGAUGAUAAGAAAGUUACUGAUGGUUCAGCAGACGACAAAAAACAAACUGAAAAUGAUGUAGCAGACGACAAGCAUAUUCAGGCUGAUACAGCGGACAAUAAGAAAGCUACUGAUGGUUCAGCAGAUGACAAAAAACAAACUAAAAAUGAAGUAACAGACGAUAAGACAAAUAUGAAAUAUGAUACAGCAAAUGACAAGCUAGACAUUGAUGUUCUAGCAGACGACAGAAAAGAUGCUCCAUGUAAAGAAGCAGAUAAUAAAGAUCACAAGAAUCAAGAGGAGAGCGAAGAAAAAUCAAAACCAAUGCGUUACCUCGUUCCAAAGGAGAUCCAUGUGAAAACUAUCCAGACGUUAGCAGAAUUAACCUCCAGAUGUAUAGAACAGUUUCACAAAGCGGCAGAAUUAAUGCUGCUUCACCAAGCCAAGGAACACUCCAAAAACCCAAUCCAAAUUGCAGCUAGCCUAUCUAAGUUAACAAGUGUACUAUGCUGCGAGGUGAGUAGCCUUACAUCCUCAUUCUGUGAGCAGCUGACGGUUGCUGCAGACGUCAUGGGAGAGGAGGAUGAUGUGAACCCAUUUAUUACAAAUUCAUACUUGGAGGGCUCCAACAGCAUGUCAUACAUUCAAGAUGCAUUUCAGCUUCUUCUACCAGUUCUACAAGUUGUUGCCAUCGAGUAUGAAGAAUAAAACUACUAAAGAAAAUAUUUAUCAGGUAUUUAAGACAAUGAAUUGAGAAUAGCCUGAUUCAGAUAAGCCAAUGAAAGCUGAUGUUUGCACAUGCAGUCCUGUAUUUCGUUAUGGAUCAAAAUGCAUAUUUCCAAACACAUCACUGUAAAAACUGUUUGGUUGUAAUAUCUAACUGGACAUUUCAGUAAUUACUGUCAGUUUUAUACUGUAUAUGUGGAGGUGGUUCAGUGCAGUGGAGAUGGGUUGGUUUCCCAACCAUUUGGUCAGGGUUUCAGUCCUUCGCUGAGCAUUUUACUUGUGUCUAAGCAGUGUACUACAUUGCCUCAGUCUACCCAACUGUAUCAAUGAGUACCAGAAAAUUCCUGGAAGUAGCCAGUGUUGGACCAAUGUCCCACUGGGGGAGCAUCGCCUCCGCUGCUCGUUACUUUUCACUGGGAAUAAGCACCAGCCCACAUGAGCCCCGUAGCUCAGCUAAGAUUUGCUUUACUUAUGUGUGCAGUAUAAUAACCUCAAGCAAGGGAUUGCGUAUACGAAAAAAUAUUUGUUGCAGCAACUCUGAAAGAGAGACGUAUCGUCUUAUGUACCUUGAAGCAUAAGUCUAAUUAUAAAUCAUUUAUGAUCAUUAUUUUCAUUUUCACACAAUUUGCCUAUGCCCAAGCAGACAAUAAUUAGUGUCUGAUAAUUUUUGCAUCUCGUGUUUUCUUAGUCCGUUGAUGUACAUCGCAAUGUUUUCA